CAAGUCUGAGCUUGUUUGUGGUCAUGACGCUAACGGUUUGUGUUGCUAAAAAACAUAUUCGUGUUGUUAACAAAAAUAAUUACAAACAAAGAACAAUAAUAACCUAGUACUAUUUUUUUUUACUCCAUAACCACCAUUCAAUCGCAAAAUACAAUCUCAGACUCGAAAUUCUCAAAAAAAAAAUAUUUCAAUUAUAAUAAUAAUUUGAAAAAAUAUUAAUAACAAUCAUGGUGUUGAAUAAAAACGACCUGGAUCGCGCCUUUUCUCCAAACAAAACCAAGAGACUCGGAAAACGUCGGUCAGCAGGUCGGGGUCCCGCCAAGCCGAGCACCAGCGGUAGCACAUCAAAGUCUCUCUCGGGUGAUGGCGAGAAAACCAGCAUCAAAGUUAUCGUGCGCGUGCGUCCGGCGAACGAGCGCGAAGACCAGGAGAAUUAUCGCACAGUCGUAAAAGUAAUCGACGACAAAAUGCUGAUAUUCGACCCCAAGGAAGAGGAGAAUCCUUUUUUCUACCGCGGCGUCGCGCAAAAAGGCCGGGAUCUUUUGAAAAAACAGAACAAGGAGCUACAGUUCAUGUUCGACCACGUGUUCGAUAUCACAGCCACCAACGAGCAAGUUUUUGAAGGAACAACCAAAGAACUGAUAUCUGACCUCCUCGAAGGCUACAAUUGCUCAGUUUUUGCAUACGGAGCAACAGGUGCCGGCAAGACCCACACGAUGCUGGGCAAAGAUCAUGAUCCAGGCAUCACUUAUCGCACAAUGGCGGAAUUGUUCAAUCAAAUAGAGACACAGAGUGAGCACCGGGACUUUAAUCUGGGUGUCACCUACCUGGAGAUAUACAACGAGAAUGUCCAAGACCUUUUGCAUCGCGUUGGACCUCUGGCGUUGAGAGAAGACAGCCGCGCUGGUGUUGUCGUAUCAGGACUGAAGAUCAAGACCAUAAAAAAUGCCGAAGAGCUGCUGUCUUUGCUAGCCCAGGGCAACAGGAACCGGACCCAGCACCCGACUGACGCGAACGCCGAGUCAAGUCGCAGUCACGCGGUCUUCCAGGUCUACGUCAACAUCACCAACAAGCUGGACGGGCAAGUGAAGCAGGUGAAGCUCUCGAUGAUCGAUCUCGCUGGUAGUGAACGUGCAUCUGCUACCGGGUGCAAGGGUGCCCGUUUUAAAGAGGGCGCUAAUAUCAACAAGUCGCUACUGGCACUGGGUAACUGUAUAAAUAAUUUAGCAGAAGGUAUCAAACACAUUCCGUACCGGGACAGCAAGCUCACGCGCUUGCUCAAGGAUUCACUGGGUGGUAAUUGUCGCACUGUUAUGAUUGCCAACGUCGGUCCUUCCAGCAUGAGCUUCGAAGACACCUACAACACACUGAGAUACGCCAAUCGUGCCAAGAAGAUCAAAACUCACAUGAAGAAAAAUAUUAUCUCGUGCGAGAUGCACGUCACUGGUUAUAUAAAACUCGUUGAGGAACAGAAGAAGGAGAUCGCGGUGCUGAAACAGAAAUUACUGAUGAUGGAGUCACGUCCCCGUAAUAAUUCACCCGAGUCAGACAAUCAAACUGAGGAGAUGAAAAAAGACGUCAAAGAUUUCAAGGAUCGGCUUGUUUGUUUGCUGGACAAAAAACGUUUGCUGAAUGAGAAGAUCCUGUCGCUGCAGAGUUCUGAUAAAAUACUGUGCUGUAGGAUACAGUUCAAAAUAGCUGCUGAUAAACGGCUGCACAAGCUGACGACCAACCAGGACUUGGCUGCCGAUGAGCAGAACGCCAGUGGCAAGUCCAGGGUCAACAAGUCGCUGGGACACUUCAAGAGACAGCGGGAUAUCGUCAAGGCGCAGAUGGAAGAAGCCUGGGUUGAGUUGCAGAAAAUAGAAAAGAGCAUCAGGAGCUUGGACGAGGAGAUCAGGAGCAAGGGCUUGGUAGAGAAACUGGGAGAUACUUACACUCAGCAGAAGAGUCUGCUGGACAAUGUCCGGAUCCAGCAGCAGUACGAGCACACAAAGAAGGUCUGCAGUCUUCAGCUCUGCGAGCUCGAGUCCCUGGAUACCAUCACCAAGAUGAUGAGCGGCACGCUGCAGAGUUACUACAGCAUGAUGCGCGGUUACGGAACGCUGACGGAGAAGAUGAAGCAGGAGUUCAAGCAGUUGGUAAAAUCACUCGAAGGUGUCAGGAAUAUUAAGUGGGCUGACGCCGAUCUCGGGAGCUCCCAGGACGCCUACACGCUAAUUUGUUUGUCUACUGAUGAAAUAGUUGAUCCCAUUAACCAAGAAAUGCCGAUUCAUUUCUCCAGCUACCUUGAUGAUGAUGAUCCCAUCACUCCUUCGGCCAAUGGUAAUAAAACCUUCGAAGCAACUCCAGAUGUUGGCAAACAUGUUCUCAACUCGACGAUUACCAUCGAUAGCGAGUCGCCGGGUUCAGAGGGUCCUCAUUUAAUUGAUGAUGAUGAUGAUGAUGAUGAUAAUGAUAACGAGGAUGAAGAUGACAAAGAUAAAAUAAAACAAGAGGGAAUUGUCAAUGGUUCUGGCAUUGAUGCAAGUCAGUUAAAUAAUACGUUUAAUUUAAUUGAAACUAAAGCUAAGAAACGUGUUUUAGCUGACAAGAGUGCUUGCGGUAAGGCCCCUUUGAAACAGAUGAAGCGAAUUUCUCCUAAAAGUAAAAUUUUAACUGGAACUGGAACUAGUACCAGUGCUGGUACUGGUACUGGUGCUGGAGCUGGUGCUGGUAAAGAAAAUAAGGGAACCCAGAAACCUCCGAGUGUAAUGAGUGCCAAGAGUGUGGCGAUCCUCAAUAAAUUAAAGACUGAACGAGCUAAACUUGUGCCCCAGGUGCCCGCGGUUAAUUUGAAUUCAACUCAUGGUACAAAUGAUUUAUCACUGAAAGCUGUAAGACACAAAGAGAGACGGGAAUUAAAAAAGACCCAUCCUUACCAAAAUAUUUCUAAGCCGAAGAUUAAUUCAACUUUGCAUUCAUCACGAGUCCCUUGGUAAAUUUGUUAUUAAUUUUUUAUACUUAGA